UCCAAUACCCAAGUAGACUUUUCUUUAUGCCAUCCUUGCCACUUCCGGUUUACUUCCUCAACAGUCUAAAAACACAUUGGGGUUAUAAAUUAGGCUUCACUCUCAUUGUCUAUGUGGCCCUGGUGCGGUACAAACGCUACCAACGGAUCAAUGCGCUCCUUCAAAAAUACCCAGAUCCAACUAUACCACUACAUAACCGUGAAGCUGCGCAAGAAGUGCUUUGCUGCUUCGGACACUAUGAUUUUCCAUACCUUUAUGCUGUGUCUAUGGAAUAUGCCCUCCUUAUGACAUAUGGCAUCCCAUCAAUCUCUCGAAUCUUAGCUGGAACCAGAGAGUUCGCGCGACAAUGUUUAAAACGGACUGAUGACACAGUUCUAUUCUUACAUGAAAUGGCAGAGCCAUACCCGAGAAAAGUCUAUCGCGAGAUGAAAAACAAUGGUCAACUGGAUGAGGUCGAAGAUCGAAACGAUACCAUAAGAGAAUCAAUCGCGACAGAACGAGUAAACUUCAUCCAUGGGCAUUAUCCUAUUAAACAUGACGACUUCUUAUAUACAAUAGGAUUGCUUGUCCUCGAGCCUGCCCGGUGGAUCGACCAAUUCGAAUGGCGGCAAAUCACAGAACUGGAGAAGAAUGCAUUGCUGGCGGUUUGGAUUUACCAUGGCGAACGUAUGAAUAUUCAAAACAUCCCACGGUCAUACAAAAAGCUUGAGGAAUGGACAAAUAAUUAUGGAGCCAAGCACAUGGUGUACGCUGAGUCCAACGUUGGUGUCGCCGAAGCAACCAUAGACCUUUUCAUCACUCUCGUUCCACGCUUCCUAAACCCGAUCGCCCGCCAAAUCACUGUUGCUUUACUUGGUGAUCGACUUCGUGGUGCGUAUGGGAUCGCACCUCCACCGCGCGGCCUUAAAUCAUUUGCUGUGGCUCUACUCAAACUCAGAGCAUUGUUCAUCAAAUAUUUUAUGCUACCCAGACGAUAUCCUUUGAUCAGGACGGCUCUAAGAGCAAACGCGGAUAAUAAAUAUGUACCACGUUGGAACAAGUAUGGGUCCGUUUAUCCACAUGGUUACAAAAUUGAAGACUUGGGACCACGCCGGUUUCAAGGCAAAUGCCCAGUGCUAAUGAAAGGAACGAUGAAUAGCAGCGAUCACUAGACGUCUAAGGUG